AUGUUUAUUUAUUCAAUAUCCUUACCAAAAAUGUCCAAUAAAAUUAAUUGCAAUGAAACCUGGCUCAUAAAUUCCUAUUCAAGUUUAAGUUUAAACAAUGAAUACACAAUAUCCAAUACACAAAUAAAAGUAAAGUUUUACAAUUACUCAUUGAAUAUUUACUCUAACAAAGUGAAUGAUUUAAUUUUUAUAACACCCGAAACAUACGUUAUGUACUCUACUCUUCACUUGGGAAUUUUAUCAUUCGAUUCAUGUUUUAAUGGCAAGUGGGUUCUUAGCUUUUAUGAUACACCAUCUGCUAUGGAUUGCAUUGAAACAAUGAAAAGCAAUGGUAUUGAAGUAACAGAUAUUCAAAAUUUAUUACCUGAAAGAAUGCAUUUGAAAAACACAAUAAUUGAUACAAUAAAAAAUGUGGAAUUCCCAGCAUUUGUGGCUAAAGUAGAAAAUUCAAUGAAAAAU